AUGGUGUAUGCUGAGCCCAAAUGGUUACAUUUUGACAAGUCCCUGAAGGACCAGUACUUGCUUAGCCAGGUCUUCCUUUUCUACCUGGAAGUCCUGUCUCAAGGCCUGCAACUUGCCCUGAGCUUGGAGGAUGAAGAUGAGGAGGAGCUGGUGCUGGCCCUCAAAUCAUCAUCCGACAUAGCGACCUCCCCACCAUACAACCCAAACCUCUCCUUUUCUUUAUGCCAACACCACAACAGCCUUAGCUCACAGUGGCACCUGGGGCCUUGUAGGGGUCCACACAUCCUGGUCAGCAACCUGCCGUACCUAGAAGUGGAGAACCUGAAACAGGAUGAUUGCACAGCAGACCUGGGCCUCCUCACUGUCAUCCUCAGCUUCCUCUUCAUGAAGGGCAAUGCUGCUAAAGAAUCUGCUGUGUGGGAGCUGUUGAGGAGACUGCGAGUUGACCCUGGAGUGAGACACGAGGUCUUUGACGUCAAGAAAUUGGUGACUGAAGAAUCUGUCCACCAAACGUACCUGGAAUACAACCGCAUACCCCACACAAUUCCACCCGAGUUUGAGUUCUGGUGGGGGGCACGGGCUUCCAAGGAGACGUCCAAGAUGCAGAUCCUGCACUUUGUCACCAAGAUCCAAAACAAGGACCCCAGAGCCUGGAGCACCGAGUACACUGAGGCGGCAGCUGAGGAGGCAGCUGUGGGGGGCCUGUUCCAAGACAUUAGCACCACUGGAGACACUGGUGGGGCUACAUCUCUCCUGGUUCAGCCCUCGGGGCUUUGGUGUGUCUUUAUCCAUGCUUUCAAAAGAGGAAGGGAAUAG